CUGCGCGCGGGGAGAUCCAGGGCUCGGCCACCCGCACACCGCGCACUCGAGCUGCAGCGUCGCAAGUAGGUGCAGCAGCCCGCAGCCCGCCGCGCCUCCGCGAGCCGGGACAGCACUCGGCCCCGCGCGCUCCCCGUCCCGCGCCAGCCCCGCCGCGGCGACCUGCUGCAGCCGAGGACCCCAUCGAUCGGAGACCCGGGGAGCAGCUCGCGGCCGCCGAGCCGGACGGGGCCCGGCACUGCGCCUUUGUCCCCGGAGGCUCCGGGAAGUUUGCAGCGGGACGCGCGCGUGAAGGCAGCGUGGGCAGCCCCGACGUCGCCGAGCAGCAUGGGCGUCGGGCGCAGCGCGCGGGGUCGCGGCGGGGCCGCCUCGGGCGUGCUGCUGGCGUUGGCCGCCGCGAUGCUGGCCGCGGGAUCGGCCAGCGAGUACGACUACGUGAGCUUCCAGUCCGACAUCGGCUCGUAUCAGAGCGGGCGCUUCUACACCAAGCCCCCGCAGUGCGUGGACAUCCCGGUGGACCUGAGGCUGUGCCACAACGUGGGCUACAAGAAGAUGGUGCUGCCCAACCUGCUGGAGCACGAGACCAUGGCAGAGGUGAAGCAGCAGGCCAGCAGCUGGGUGCCGCUGCUCAACAAGAACUGCCACAUGGGCACCCAGGUCUUCCUCUGCUCGCUCUUCGCGCCCGUCUGUCUGGACCGGCCCAUCUACCCGUGUCGCUGGCUCUGCGAGGCCGUGCGCGACUCGUGUGAGCCGGUCAUGCAGUUCUUCGGCUUCUACUGGCCUGAGAUGCUCAAAUGUGACAAGUUUCCUGAGGGCGACGUCUGCAUCGCCAUGACCCCGCCCAAUGCCACCGAAGCCUCGAAGCCCCAAGGUACAACUGUGUGUCCUCCAUGUGACAACGAGUUGAAGUCGGAGGCCAUCAUUGAACAUCUCUGUGCAAGCGAGUUUGCACUGAGGAUGAAAAUCAAAGAAGUGAAGAAGGAAAAUGGUGACAAGAAGAUUGUCCCCAAGAAGAAGAAACCCUUGAAGCUGGGGCCCAUCAAGAAGAAGGAGCUGAAGCGGCUUGUGCUGUUCCUGAAGAACGGGGCCGACUGUCCCUGUCACCAACUGGACAACCUCAGCCACAACUUUCUCAUCAUGGGCCGCAAGGUGAAGAACCAGUACCUGCUGACAGCCAUUCACAAGUGGGACAAGAAAAACAAGGAGUUCAAAAACUUCAUGAAGAGAAUGAAAAACCACGAGUGUCCCACCUUCCAGUCUGUUUUUAAGUGAUACUGGGGUGGACUGGGGAAGGGGAGUGUGACUUGGGGUGAGGGUGGGGGCGCGUGGAUGACCCUGGCUCUUGGGGUUUACAUAUUGCUCUCACCCAUUACAGUUGUGGCUUUUGCAUCGCACCUGGCUCUGUUCCUACAGUGACCCCUCUCCCUCCCCUCCAUAAAGGCCACAGCCCUUUAGAUUAGGAAGGUUUUUUUUAAGGGCUGCAGCAGGACCAGCAGGCACGGGGCAAAAGGAGAGGCAGAAUCCUUUCACUGAGCCUCGGGCACAAAACAGAAAAUGUUUGCCAGUUUGGAAAACAAAACAAAAUGGAUUGUAAAGAACUACAGAUGGACAGCGGCUCAGCGCGACUUUGUUCUGGACAUCAUUACCAAUUGCUUGUGGAGUCUAAGCCUUUACAGGUAGAAGAGCCCGAUCAUUGCCAAGCCAGGCUGCUUUCAGUUUGGUAGUAAUCCCCCCUCUUUCUGCCUUAGAUAGACCAUCACCACUUUCAACACACACACACACACACACACACACACACACACACACACACACACACACACACACACACUGCUGAAAGUAGCCAGGGUAUCCCAGUACAGAAAGGGAUAGCUAAGGGUUUGGGUGGGAGGCCACUGCCUACUCCACCUUCAGCUUUUUGAACCAGCCACCUUUGAUAGGAAACUUUAGGUCUCAGAUGGACAUUUCUACCAGACCGUUGGGAUACAAGGAUGAUAGACAGGGGUCUGCUUUUGUAUGAAGGAGGUACGUGGGCAUGAAGAGACAUGAGGCAUUUCAGGCCAACGGUUACUAGUUUUCAAAAAUAAGAGUGGAAGAAACGAACAAACGUAGAAAUGUCAAGCGGGUCACGAGUCAGGGUGAUUGGGGAAUCCUGUGUGAACGGCCUCACUUUGUAAUUCCAUCUGUCACAUUUCAAAAGAACAGCAACAUAAGACAGGCUAAAAGCCCACGCACCCUCCAAGGCUUGAGUAAAAGUCCACACUGAGCAUUUCAAAGACUAAUGUCGCUGACUGCCCAAGGCUGCCCUCUCAAUACACACACACCGCCUACGCAUGUGCUGUGGCAGGCAACUCUGCGCAUGUGCUGUGGAGGAGAUGGGCGUGGCCUCAUGGCUGUGCCUGGCUGCCCUGGAAUCAGUAUAGCUGUGGAAGGAGACAGUAGACCCUGCUUUUCUGCAAGCAGAGCCCAUUUCCUUAUACACGAUUGCCUAUGUUUCAGACAAAUUUAAAAUCUCUGCCUGCCUGAGCCCUCCACCUUUACUUUUGCAUUCCCCCAGUCACGUUCUUUUGAGGCUAAGUGCCCUAACCAAGGAGAUGGUUUCGAAGGCUAACGAAUCUGCAGUUUUCCCAAGUGCCCAAAGGUAUUUCUCAAAGUUGGUAUACUUAAUAAGUGAUGUAAAUAGUCCAGUUCUCCUAGGCAGCCUUAUUCCUGUUGUCCGAGUGGUUCUUUAAAAAAAAAAAAAAAAAAAAAAAAAAGUUAAUUUCUUCCACCAAAGUCUGAUAAUUCACUCCCCACCGCAUCUCAUGGGCCACAGUGACUGUCCCUUUGGCAUAUUCAAUCCAGGGGCAGUACUGAUUAUGAAGAGUCAUCUAGUGGCCUUGCAUUGACACAGAAAACAGGAAAACUCUGGUUACUUCUGAAAGACUCCAGCCUGAAAACUAACCAUGCCAACCUAGUUACCGACGUGAGUGGGGUAGUGACCUAAUUAACUUCACGUUUAGUAAACCUAUUAUCUUAACACUUUUAAGAAUUCUUCCAACCUUAAUCAUAAUGGUAUUAGGAACCUUAAAGUGAUUUGCCUAUCAUUGUGGAUGAUUUAAAAAUGUGUAUGUGCCAUUAGUAAUUAGAAAUAGUCUACCUUCUCAUUGUCCAACUGAAAUGCAAAGUCUCAUGAGUGUGUAGAUCUGGGCCUCGAGCCACUGCUAGUUCAGUGCUUGGUGAGGGGUCUGCUCAUUUUGGUAAAGUGUAUCAUGCGGCAGGGCCCCCUCCGCGUGGCGGAAGAUUACUUACAUGAAUUUUUUCUGGGGAUGUUAGAAGUUUCACAGAAUAAAAGGGAGGGCCUGUUCUGGGUGGCUCCAGAUUGGGAACCCUCAGGAGGUAACCUCAGGAAGGAUUCAUAACCAACUGAUCGAUCGAUCGUGUGAACUGCAGCAGCUGUCCCCCUACUUCAGAAUCCCCGGCUUCAGAGUUUCGUUGCGGACCUGUGCGGAUUUCAGAUACACACACACACACACACAGAGAGAGAGAGAAGAGACCAGUUUUGUCUAUACUACAUCAGCAGUUCCAGACAAAAAGGGAGGCUAUCUAGGGGCCCGGAAGCUGCAUGAUCAGCAGCCUUUGUCCUUCUCAACAAAAGGUGUAACAAACAAAUGUGCAGACUCACUGACUUUGUCCCUGGCUUCCGGUGGAGGUGGUCCAUGUACGCUCUGACCAGCGUUGCCAAUGAAAGGGUCAGAUUUGGAAAGCUUUAAAAUAGUCAUUCCGGAGAGUCAGGGAAAGCUAAACCCACCAAACUUAUGGGAACUAUCAGUAGCUAUCUUAGAAAGCAAACUCGGAGGCGAGAAUUGUAAGAGUAUUUUGCGUUUUAAAACAUUCUGUAUCAAUCCUCAAAGCUCACGGUUGGUGGGUUAGCCCUAGGUCCUCCCUGGGGCCCAGCUCCAGGCUUCCUACGAAUGUGUAAAUUACAGAAAUCUCAGUUCCCAAAGCUAGAACCUGUUUUUUCUUGUUAGCCGCCCUGCAACCAGAUGUUCUGUUGGACCUUCAGAGCCGGAAGUGGUUCAAGGUGUGCUCCAGAAGCAGUCCCGGGGCCACAUCUCCAGGAUGGCACGUUGGCUCUCUGACCUGGCGCUGCGGGUCCUAAGCACGGAGGCGGAAUUCCUGUUGGCCCUGGUUCCUCCCCUUACCCUUCCUCCAGGACUCCACUUUAUAGCCUAAGCCUUUUAUACGAAAGCUUUGAAUACUGUGAAGAUGUUUUACAUUCCUUUCCGUUCCUGUUGUUUCUUAACUACAUUUGACCAGAUGUUUUGAUGUUAUCGCGUAUGUUAAUAGUGAUUCCCAGGUGUGUUUUGUUUUCAUGCUUUCCCUGCCAAUGUAUUCACUUCACUAAAAUCACUCGAUCAAUAA